AUGCAUACAACAAGUAAAGAAGCAGAGUGUUGGAGGAUAGCUCAGAGUGCAGAGGAGAUUUUGGAGACUGAUUUGGGUUUUGAGGUAAUGGAUACGAGUGGUCCCCCGCAGAGAAACGCUCAGGCCAGAUGGAGAUGCCAAGUUGACGCCUCCUGGAUAAAUGAAAGAGACAUAACUGGAAUUGGCUUUGUGUUAAUGGACGUUGACUUUCCAAUGUUGUAUGGAGCGAGGACCAAUAUAUGCACCAAAUCACCACUGCAGGCGGAAGCUGAAGGUUUGCUAUGGGCAAUGCCAAUAUAUGCACCAAAUCACCACUGCAGGCGGAAGCUGAAGAAAGAAGAUUGGCCUGCUCUGGCCUUGGAACUCGAUGAAAUACAAGCUCUUUCCAAAGAAUUUUCUGAAAUAUAUGUUGCUUAUAUUCCUAGAUCUUUGAAUUUCCGUGCGGAUAGCUUUGCAAAAGGUGCCCGAUCAUGUGCUUCUGAUACAGCCUUUGUAAACCCUUUUGCACCAAGUUGGUUAGCCCCACAAGCUAAACUGAGGGUGACAAACUAG